GUACUAGCUCAAUCUGGCAACCCGGCGCUCUGUGAUCUCUCUGGGUUCUGUGAGGGAGGGCGGAGACGCACGGGAAGUUUGACAACAAGAACAAGUUUAGCUCGUCCUUGGAGAGCAGAAUGUCAGAGCCACUUUGUUGAUAAACCUGGAGGAAGUGUUGGAGUUGCUGGAGCUGAAAUCAUGCUGAGUGUCCUGGCCAGAGCUGCGUCGAGGGCGGUGCCUACGCGCUUAGCAAGGCCAGUGGUAGUCGUGCAGAUCCGUGACAACUCUCUGGCACAUCAGGAUGGUCUGCCCAACCUGCCAGUGCCACCGCUCAGACAGACAUGCGAACGCUACAUGGCUGCACUCGAACCACUCGUGUCUGAGGAGGAGCUGGACCACACACGCCAGCUCAUGGCUGAGUUCCUGUCCUCCGGUGGCGUCGGGGAAAGGCUGCAGAAAGGACUGGAGAGACGAGCACGCAAAACUGAGAACUGGCUCUCUGAUUGGUGGAUGCAGUCAGCCUACUUAGACUCUCGUAUGCCAAUCCCAGUGUACACCAGCCCUGGCGUGGUUUUGCCUCAAAUGCACUUCCAGGAUCGCCAGGGACAGAUGAGGUUUGCUGCCAAACUGAUUGCAGGAGUUUUGGACUUCAAACGAAUGAUUGAUAGUGAAACACUACCUGUUGAGUAUUUGGGAGGAAAGCCAUUGUGCAUGGACCAGUAUUACCAGGUGCUGUCAUCAUGUCGAAUACCAGGACCGAAGAAAGACACUAUGGUGAACCACGCCAUUGGAAAGACGCCACCAACUCACAUCACGGUGGUUCACAAUUUUCAGUUUUUUGUUUUGGAUGUAUACAAUAGCGACGGCACGCCUCUGACGGUGGAUCAGCUCUACAUGCAGUUGGAGAAGAUCUGGAAUUCUUCUUUACAGACCAAUAAAGAGCCCAUUGGCAUUCUCACCUCGAACCACCGCAACACCUGGGGCAAAGCCUACAACAACCUCAUCAAGGACAAAACGAAUAAAGAGUCUGUACGGGCGAUCCAGAAGAGCAUCUUCUUAGUGUGCCUGGACGCCCCGAUGCCCCGUGCGUCAGAUGAGAUCUACUACAGUAAAGUGGCUGCACAGAUGCUGCAUGGAGGAGGAAGCCGCUGGAACAGUGGGAACCGCUGGUUUGAUAAAACACUACAGUUUAUAGUGGGCGAGGAUGGAUCAUGUGGACUGACGUAUGAGCAUGCUCCUGCUGAGGGACCUCCCAUUGUGUUCCUAGUGGACCAUGUGGUGGAAUAUAUGAAGAAAACUGAGAUGGUGCGAACCCCUAUGAUUCCACUCUCCAUGCCGCAGAAGCUGCGCUUUAACAUCACACCUGAAAUCAAAAAGGACAUCGAGAAAGCCAAGCAGAACAUGAAUAUAAUGGUGCAGGACCUGGACGUGCGAGUGCUCAACUUCUCGCACUAUGGGAGGAAAUACCUCAAGUCAUAUAAUACGAGCCCAGACGCUUUCAUCCAAAUGGCCCUCCAGCUGGCAUAUUACAGGAUCUACAAUGUUUGCUGCCCCACAUAUGAGAGCGCCUCCCUACGCAUGUUUAAACUGGGCAGAACAGAGGCCAUCCGCUCCACCUCCACUGAGUCGCUCAAAUUCGUACAAGCCAUGGAUGACAAUUCUAAACAGAACGCAGAGAAAAUGGCCCUGCUGGAGAAGGCCAUCAGCGCCCAUCGAGAUUACACACACAUGGCCAUUCACGGUCAGGCAAUAGACAGACAUCUGCUGGGGCUGAAGAUGCAAAGCAUUGAGGAUCUGACUUCUCUCCCGGAAAUCUUCAUGGACACUUCGUAUGCCGUGGCCAUGCAUUUCAACCUCUUGACCAGCCAAGUCGGCUCAAAGACAGACUGUUUUAUGUGUAUUGGGCCAAUGGUGCCAGACGGUUAUGGCGUCUGCUACAACCCAAUGGAUGAUCACAUCAACUUUGCUGUGACGGCCUUCAACAGCUGUGAAGAAACUAAUGCCACCAAACUAGCACGGUUCCUCAAGGAAGCACUGCUGGACAUGAAGGCUCUUCUGGAACAGACGCCUAAGCCAAGCAAGUGAGGCUGCUUACUGGGGGAUAAGACAAAAGCAACAAGCAAAGAGGACCAGAGUGGAAACGUAACGCUGGGAAGAAGAAGAAGUAUUUGCUGUACCUGCAUAAGUCCUCAGGCAGAACGUGAACAUGCAGGACACUGACAGUUCUCUCACCCUUAUUUCUUUGAUCAGCUUGCCAUGACGUUAAUGUUUGUCCCACAAACAUUUUAGUAAGGAUCUCUGAUGCUGGUGGAAAAAAAUGGCACCACCAUGUUGCAAUGUGUUCAUGAUACUUCAGUAUUUUUGUUAGCUGCUGUUUACUUAAUGUUGCUGUUUACUGAUGUCUGUCUGAAGGUUUGCUAUUGGUAUUCCAUAUCAAACCCGAGUUUUCUGCUCAACUGAAGCACUUAGCUAGUCUGCUUUAUGACUGUGAGGUGUGUAUCUAAAGCCACAUAUUUAUUGGGAUAAAUAUACAUUUGGACACAGUACAGCUGUAAGAUCUACACUGUGUUUUUUUUUGUUUUUUUUUUACGAACUUAUGAAAAAGAAAAGUAUAAAUGUCCAGUGAAUAUGUAUCAUUAAACUAAAAGGUUCCUUUA